AUGGAAGGCGAACAACGUGCUGGCUUAUUCCGUGUACCAUUUCAUAUCCCAUCAUUUCAUGGAUUACGAACUCUUGGAGUAUAUUUAUCCGGUAUAUUAUACGCAUUAGGGUUCUGGAUCUUUCUAGAUGCCGUACUAUAUUCAAAACAUGCAAAUGCAUCGGAUCUGCAUGUUACGUUCAUUGAUUGGAUCCCAUUUUUAUGCAGUACGCUUGGUAUGGUUAUUGUUAGUGCAAUUGAAAAAAAUAGGUUGAUGGAUUACAAUAAUGGUGAUUUUGGUGGUAAUGAAGCGAUUAUUUGGCAAGCUAGAACCGUAUUAUUCCUGGGUUUGGCGUUAUUAGCCGGUGGUUUAUCAGGUUCUAUUGUUGUUUUGAUUAUCAAGUUUGUAAUUAAGGAUUAUACAACGUAUCCUACGGUCGGCAUGGGUAUAAAUAAUGUGCUGGGAAAUAUCUUCAUUUUAUUAAGUUGUGUGGUAUUAUGGAUUGCACAAAAUGCUGAAGAUGAAUAUUCUUAUUCUUUAACUAUUUAA